CCCAGCCCAUUCCUGCCUGAGCGAAGCAGUCCCCUCUCGAUUUUCCUUCUCCGGGGAGUCCACACGCUCUCGCCGCCGCCGCCCCCUUCCCCUCCCGUGACGCGCCUCGCCGCCGGCCGCCGCGCAGCGCCGCCGCCUCCCCUGCAGUCACUCUGCCCCGCGCUGUCUCCCCGCUGCUCCAGCCUCUAAGCGGGAGGAGGCAGGCGCCGGCCACCCCGGUCCGGCGGUUUCCCCCGUCGCUGUCGAUCCGGCGAUCCUCCAUCCUUCCAUCCUUGCCAACUUCCGAGGGCUAGAGUCACAUUAUGGCUUCAGAGGAACUGAGAACAAGCUUUUCAGAUUUAGUGGUGGGUUCUUCAUCUCGGACAGACAGCCAAGUUGAAUCUUCAGGUGAUCCAUCAUCUGAGGGAGGUGUGCAGGUUACUUGCUUCACUGAGGACCUGCAUGAUGUUAUCCUCCAUUUUCAGAUAAUAAGGUUCUCUAAGCAGAUCUAUGCUUGGGUUGGAUGCAACACAGCAAAGUUUGGCCAUCUAUACGCUGCUGCAAGUACUCGUCCGGGUAAUGGAGUGAGUGUCACCUCUGUACUAGGAGGAACAUCUGAUAACACUGGUUCAGGCAUGGCCCGUCGCUUAGUGCUGAAGACAGGUUUGAACAUAGUUCUAGCAUGCAACAUUCCAAAAGACAGUCCCAUGCUCGAGGCUGCUGCAGAGAGGAAGCUGAUAGAGAAGUUGAGAGGUUUAGGUUAUGUCAGACCCAGAGCAGGAGAGGUUAACACUUCCACGGCACAAUAAUGAGUAACUUGUGAGCUCUCGGUUGGUCAAGAACAGAAACCUUGUGAACCCGCCCUAAAUCUUUGCAGGUGAUCGUUGGCAAUCGCGACUUGUUCAUGGAUUGAUCAGACAUCAUCUAUAUGCAGAUCAUUCUUCAGUACCUAAAAACUCAUUGAAUCCUACAUUAAGGCAUUUGCUCCAAGACUUCUCUUCUGAUCUUAUCUCUUGAGAGGUUGUUAGAGGUUGUCUGGGAUGUGAUUCACACGUACUUGUACUGUGGAUUGUCAGGUACAAGUUGGACCAAACUGAAGCUCCAAAGAUUUAUGUUAGUGUAAGUACCAUUCAGCGAGUACAUGCAUGUAACAGGAAUACAAAGUCAUCGAUACAAUCCAUUUGCAAGCUCUUCAAUUCUGGGCAAAACGGGUGGAACUUCCACCUACUUUGCUAUGAUCCUGUCACUGUCGACUAUAGAAACGACUGUCUGCACAACUUUCAUAA